GGGUGGUCCCUGCCGCGCGCGGACACCUGCGCCGAGCUCGCCCGGCGCGCGGACGCCCUGGUGCCGGCCGAGGUCCGCGCGCAGGUGCGCAUGGACGCGCCGCGCACCUUCCAAGCGCUGCCUCCAGGCUGCCAGCCGAGCUUGCCUCGUCACGAGGCCGAGGCGCGCGUGUGCCGGGUGCUGCUCGCGUUCGAGUGGCGCAAUUCCAACGCGCAGGUCCGCGGGCUGGGCGCCACCUACACGCAGGGCAUGAACUACAUCGCAGGCAUGUGCCUCGGCCUCUGCGGCUGGAGCGAGGAGCUCGGGUUCCUGCUGUUCGCGCGCCUCGUCGAGGACGUGCUGGGCCUGGAGUACUUCUGCGAGUGGCCGCCGCUGCUGGGCUACCACACGGACGUUGCCGUGCUCCCCGACUUGGCCCGCGUGGCUUGCCCGUGGUUGCACACGGCGCUCGGGAGCAAGUUGUUCGAGGAGGUUAUCGCCAUGCUGGCUGUGAGACUGCUGGUGCCCUGCUUCGUGCUCACUGGCGCGCUCGAGGAGAGCAACUUGCUGCGCCUCUGGGCGGAGCUGCUCGUGGGCGGCCGCAGCGAGAGCGCCGGCUUCCUCGCCGCGCUGUCCUGCUCCGCCCCCGCGGAGGGCGUCCGCACGCCGCCGCGGCUGCCGCUGAUCACCUGGUUCGUCGGCGUCGUCGGCGCCCUGGGCCCGGAGGCGGCCUCAGCGGCGGAGCGCCUGGAGGCGGAGGAGAGGGGGAUGGCCGCCGUGAGCUGCAUCCUGCAGGGCCUCGCGACGCUGCCCCCCGGCUGGCACCCUGGCCCGCUGCCGCGCCCGCCGGCGUCGGUGGCGGAGGACCUCGUGCGGGUCCGGCGAUGCCUCGUGGCGCAGGGCUCGCACGCGCUGGCCAUCCGCUCGCUGGGCCUCCCGUCCGCCGACGUGGAGCGGUGGCAGCGGCAGUUCGAGGCCCUGCCGCAGGUGGGCCACGGCGAGGGCAUCGACGCCGCAACCCUGCGGGACGUGCUGCAGGUGUACACGCCUGCGCGUGCCGAUUAUGCGCACGAGCUGUUCCUGCUGCUGGACAGGGACGCCAGUGACAGCCUCGACUUCUUCGAGCUGAUGGCGGGCAUCCUCGUGCUCUCCAGGUGCCCGACGGCCAGGAAGUUGGACCUCUUGUUUCACCUGUACGACACGGACGGCUCCGGAGCGCUGGAGGUCGACGAGUUGCAGUGCCUCGCGGCGACUCUUGCGAGGCUGGCGCUCCCGGCGGAGGGGCUGCGCGAGGUGUCCCACGACGAAGUCGGGCCGUACGCGGACAGCCCCCUGAGCGGAGCCGCCCGUGCCGCGCCUGGCCAGGCGCGGCGCGAAAGGGCGCUGAAGACCGCCUCCGAGCUGGAGGAGUGCGCGCGCAUCCGGCGCCGGCUCUUGGCGCUGGACGCCGACGGCGACGGGAAGCUGUCGCUGGAGGAGUGGCGCAAGGGCGCCCAGUCGCUGCCCUGGCUGCUGCACCUGCUGCGGCGUGCGGGCGUGGUGGACUGCCAAGGUGGCUGCGCCGACGACCUGGCUUACUUCAACCUUGGUCCCGAGAAAUACCGGGAGUGCGGGCUGAUGCAGCAGGCCUGCGCGCUCCAGUGA